CCUGAGGUAGACUAUCCUAACGAACCUAUAGCGAGAGAGACCAAUUCGCGAUUCUGGUGGACAGCUGAAAUCAAAGCUACUGCUCUGUUAUCACACGCAAUCAUUACCCUUAGAACCAUGGCUCUGGGACCCCUACCGCUGGUGAGACUUGCAGAGAGAAUUGGGCUCGAUGAAGUUGUGGCGAAUUGA